AUGGGGGCGUCAUCUAUCGGCUUGUUAGAAACACCUUCCCUGCAGGCUUUGUGAGGUAUUAUACAUAGAUGUUUUUGACACUGGGCACACCACACACCACCACCCAGUUUGCUGUUCCUACAUAAAGGUGUUGCACUUCCACCUUUACAAAGCUCAACUCUACCACGCCAUCAUCUCUGUUCAGCACAUCGAGCAGUCCUUUACUAACCCCUUUUCUUCAUCAAUGACCUUGUUGCGUCGAGCCUGUCAGGAUCCAGCACUUCCACCUCAGUCAGAUAUGGCACCUCAUCUUAUGGAUUCGAAGGGUUUCAUUCUGCAGAACUGCCGUGUGUCCGCCGAAAGCUCGGAUGCUGACUUCGAAGUCCUGACUCGGAUCGACCUAAGUCGUCAGUGGCAUGCUUUCGUUCUCAAGACAGAAGGCGGGAAACGCACCAAAUAUCUUGAGGAGAAGGCCCCCCGACCCGAGCGUGCACUCGAACUGCUUCACGAGGCCUCGGCUCGUUUGGUAGAUCAGUAUGUGACCUGUCACGGCUACGAUCUUCCUCCUGGUGCUACCAAGAGCUCAUCUGGUAUGCGCGGUGGUUCAGUGAAACCAGAUGUCAUUGCUUGUAGUUCCUCUGACAGCGAAGCCUUUGCCCCGGACUCUGACGACUCUGCACUUCCUCCCCGUCGCUCCCACCGACGAAGCCAUCGCAGUGGCCGAGCGGCUGGCGAAGCAGCCAACACACGACCAGACCGAGCAGAGGCAGAUUCAGGUAGCGACAGUGAUGAGCCUACUAGCCGCCGUACCCCUUUUUGGAGGGGAUCUCCUCCUCGUCCAGCGGGAAUGCCAUCUCACGGUCACCCCCCUCCCCCUCAACCAUGGGGUUACUCGAUGCCAAUACAGGCACAAGCAUCAGCACCGGCACCAGUCCCUGCCCCUAUUCCAGGCAUUCGACCAGGUCCCUCGAUGGUUCCUCCACCACCAGGUAGAAGCAUUUCCAUUCCGCCCAUGGUUGGCAAGUCGUAUCCUGCACGUCUCAACAUUACCUGGCCAGGCAAUGGAAAGAGGAACAUGCUUGUCAAUGUCUCGCCAACCGUUCACUACCUCCAGCAAGCUGCAGUCAACGAGGCAAACAUGCGCCCCACGGGGUUUGUCAACUCAUCUUCGGCACCGUACCUCCCUCUGCCGAAUCGUUCUAGCAAUGGUCACGCUCUUCUCAGAGCCAUGGUACGCCGUGUCACACUGGACGAGGACGACACUUAUGAGAUCGCGGCUUUUGGAAAUGACUUAUCUGCCUUGUUCCGCAGUACUUCGAGCAUCCCCAAGUUCGAGAUUGAAAUCAUCAAUGCCAACAUUGUCCCCAUCUUUCCACCAAUGCCGCCUCCUCCGCGCCCUGCCUCGGUUGCCUCCUCGCGAAGCAGCAUCGAAAUUGCGGACUAAAUCAGGAAAUUUCUUUGCACCACUCACAAGCACUGAGGACGGUGCCACACAGUCUUUUCAGAGGGCAAUCAUGUAUCAGUGAGCAUACGGCCAAGGCGAAACGGUUUGAAUAGGUGAGUUAAACUAGGGUAUUGAGACGGGAGUUUGGGAUGACGAGAGAUGUCUGCCACUUAACAAACUGUGCACAUUGGGUCACCGGCGCGUUAUUGAGUCAGGG